UGGAAAGAGAGUGAGGAGAGCGCGACAGCGGUGGUAGCGGCGGCUGCAGUGGCGGUGGCGGCGCAGCCAUCGCUGGACUGCCAGGAGGAGUGCCGAGGCCCCACCUCUGCCUCUCGAAAACCUAAGUUCUGAGACCCCCUUGGAGAAGAGAGGUAAUUGAAGUGGAGUUAGUUCAGGAAAAGCUUCCUGAGAAAGAUUUGGUGAAAAAGGUAUCCGAAGACUGCUGAUUACUCCUGAGACACCUUGAGGAACACAGGAGAAGUAUUGCUGAUUCCUUUGAAGUGCCCUGUUUUCCUCACAGAACCCUGAAGAUUGUUAAGGUCAGAAUGGUUUCAAUCCCAGAAUACUAUGAAGGGAAGAAUGUCCUCCUCACAGGAGCUACUGGUUUCCUAGGAAAGGUGCUUUUGGAAAAGUUGCUGAGGUCUUGUCCUAAGGUGAAUUCAGUGUAUGUUUUGGUGAGGCAGAAAGCUGGACAGAAACCUCAAGAAAGAGUGGAAGAAAUCCUUAGUAGCAAGCUCUUUGAUAGACUGAGAGAUGAAAAUCCAGAUUUUAGAGAGAAAAUUAUAGCAAUCAACAGUGAACUCACCCAACCUAAGUUGGCUCUUAGUGAAGAAGAUAAAGAGGUCAUCAUAGAUUCUACCAAUAUUAUAUUCCACUGUGCAGCUACAGUAAGAUUUAAUGAAAAUUUAAGAGAUGCUGUUCAGUUAAAUGUGAUUGCUACACGACAGCUUAUUCUCCUGGCACAACAAAUGAAAAAUCUGGAAGUAUUCAUGCAUGUGUCAACAGCAUAUGCCUACUGCAAUCGAAAGCACAUUGAUGAAGUAGUCUACCCACCCCCUGUAGAUCCCAAGAAGCUGAUUGAUUCUUUAGAAUGGAUGGAUGAUGGCCUAGUAAAUGAUAUCACACCAAAAUUGAUAGGAGACAGACCUAAUACGUACAUAUACACAAAAGCACUGGCAGAAUAUGUUGUACAACAGGAAGGAGCAAAGCUAAAUGUGGCAAUUGUAAGGCCGUCAAUUGUUGGUGCCAGUUGGAAAGAACCAUUUCCAGGAUGGAUUGAUAACUUUAAUGGACCAAGUGGUCUCUUUAUUGCGGCAGGGAAAGGAAUUCUUCGAACAAUGCGUGCCUCCAACAACGCCCUUGCAGAUCUUGUUCCUGUAGAUGUUGUUGUCAACACAAGUCUUGCGGCAGCCUGGUAUUCCGGAGUUAAUAGACCAAGAAACAUCAUGGUGUAUAAUUGCACAACAGGCAGCACUAAUCCUUUUCACUGGGGUGAAGUUGGUAUGGUUUUAUCUGUUUUUGAAUGUUAAAAUGUAUCUGAAAGAACUUAAAAUGUUCAUUAACUUUUUAAUGUUAGAAUACCCAUGAGACAUUAAGACCACUGAGUUACCAAUUUGUUGUUACUUUGCCAUUUUAAAAGUAAUAACUACCAGUACUGCCUUAUGGUACAUUCUUAGUAAUGUUUCACAAAUGUAAAAAUAUUUUAAUGUAUAUUCCCACUCACCCCAUCCUUGUCUGACCCUUGCUGUUUUUCUAUUGCCACCUGCACCAACCCUCAUAGAUUACCUAUGGUGUAGGAACAGUGCUUUUUUUUCCUCUCAAGAGCACCCUCAAACCUGAUGUUGCUGAUCCGUAGGCAAGAUCACUUCCACCUCCAAGACUUAGUAUAUCAAGUGGUCCCUAAAGUAAUAAAUGAAGAAGUUAGGAAAUAAGAUACAUUUUGCCAGAAUAUUUUCUUCUGACCUUUACUAAGCUUUGUAAAUUCAUAGAUCCUCAGUAGGUAGUAUGUACAUGUACUAGUUUUUAAAUAGGAAUAGUAUAACUUAAUGACAAUUGAAAAACAAUCAUUUUAAAAUUGUUAGAUGAUGAGUUCAGAUUUAAAGUAAAAUGUAUUUAUGGCUUUAAUUUAGUAAUGCAGGUCUUAUUUUACCUCUAAUUAAAUAAUUUUUGUUAUCUCUACAGAACAAUUUUGAUUUCACAGUACAAUGGUGCUGGGAAUCGAACCCAGGGCCUUGCACAUGGUAGGCAAGUGCUCUACCACUGAGCCACAUCCCAGCCCUUAGUUUUUUGAUACAGAAACUUGCUUUGAAGCCCAGGCUGGCUUCCAACUUGGAAUCUUCCUGCCUCUGCCUCCUGAGCACUGGGAUUACAUGCAUGGGUCACCAUGCCUGGAUCCCUUGAGUAAAUUUUCCAUGACACUCAUCCUAGGGUUUUUCUAUGGCAUUUUUAUUUAAAUUUAAAGAUUGGCUAUUAGAGCGUAUACAGAAAAAAA